AUGGCUUCCAAAGAAACCCAGAUCGAAAUCUCCACCGCCGACCAUGUCCCGCAAAGCAACCCAUUGCCGUUCUGGAAACAGACUGAGCUGCGGAAGUUGUACUUUAUGAUGAUAUUUCUCUUUAUGGGUUCAACAACCCUCGGCUACGAUUCGAGUCUUCUCAAUGGCCUUCAAACCAUGGGCUCCUGGCAAGAGUUCUUUGAUCACCCCGAAGGAAGUCGUCUCGGUAUCUUUGGCGCAAUGCCCGGUUUCGGAGGUCUCUUCGUCCUCCUCUUCGCUCCCUACGUCGCCGACGGCCUCGGUCGUAAAAAAGGCACAGCCAUUGGCUGCAUCAUUGUCAUCAUCGGCGCCUUGAUGCAAUGCUUCCCUCAAAAAGAUCACGGCCCAAGACGCGAUGCUCUAUAUCUGGUCGGUCGAUUCAUCAUGGGUUGCGGUUCCAACAUCUCCAACGCCACAUGCCCGCUUCUCAUCACCGAGAUCGCCCACCCCCGACACCGAGGCAAGAUCACGACUGUCUACAACACUCUUUGGUAUCUUGGAAGUAUCAUUGCGGCUUGGGUUUGCUUCGGAACACUUAGGAACCAGACUGGUACGAUCCAGUGGGUUCUUCCUACUGGACUACAGUGUCUUAUGCCUGGUAUCCAACUCCUCGCUAUCUUUAUCGUACCCGAAAGUCCUCGAUGGUUGAUCAGCAAGGGUCGUGAAGAGGAGGCCCGCCAGAUCCUCGUCAAGUACCACGGCAACGGAAAAGACGAUGACGAGUUUGUCAGAUGGGAGUAUACCGAGAUUGUCAACACCAUCAGACUUGAGCGCGAGUCUUCUAACAAUGGCUGGUCUGAGCUCUGGCGCACUCCUGGUAACCGAAAGCGAUGCGGUUUGAUCAUUGCUACCGCUAUCUUUUCCCAAUGCAGUGGUAACGGGCUUGUUUCUUACUAUCUUGCCGCUAUCUUGAAAACUAUUGGUAUCACCGACGCUGUAACCCAAGCAUACAUCAACGGUGGCCUCACAAUCUGGUGCUGGCUCGUAUCACUCUGCGCCGCCUUUUUCGUCGACCGCGUCGGACGCCGCGUCCUAUUCCUCUUCGCUGGUGUCGGCAUGUUGGUUUCCUUCACCAUUUGGACCGCAUGCAGCGCCGUCUAUGCAAAGACUGAGUCCUCUGCAGCUGGUAUCGCUGUCGUGGCCAUGAUCUUCCUGUUCUACGGAGUCGCCGGUGCCGCAUGGCCUGGUCUGACUGUGUCCUACACCGUCGAGAUUUUGCCCUAUAACAUCCGAGCCAAGGGUCUGACGCUAUGCUUCUGCUUCACUGCUCUGUCUGGAGUCUUUAACCAAUAUGUCAACCCACUUGGUCUUCAGCAACUGGCGUGGAAGUUUUACUUUGUCUACAUCGUCAUCCUGGUCAUCGAAUGUCUUGUUAUCUACUUCUUCUUUGUCGAGACAAAGGGUCCCACUCUCGAGGAGAUCGCCGUCUUGUUCGAUGGCGAAGGUGCGGCUGCUGGCAUUGCUAAGAACCAGGCUCAGAUGAAGAGCAAAGUGAACCAGGUGGAACAUGCUUGA